AUGGUGAGGUGGACUAGUAUAGAAGCUGUACAAACUGAUGAUUCUGCAGUUGAUCGUAAGGGGUAUAAGGGACAUGACAUGUUGGCUCCUUUCACUGUUGGAUGGCAGACUGAUGAAUUGCAUCCAUUGGUAAUAGACAAAUCUGAGGGUUCAUAUGUGUAUGACAUCAAUGGGAAAAAGGGGAGUGAAUCAAGGCUUGUUGAUGCUGCAACUAAACAGCUAAAUACUUUACCUUUCUACCACUCCUUUUGGAAUCUUAUCACAAAACCCUCUCUGGAUCUUGCAAAAGAACUUGAAAUGUUUACAACAAGUAAAAUGAAAAAGUCUUUUUCACAAACAGUGGCUCUGAAGCUAAUGACACUCGGGUGA